AUGCUCAUGGCCGCUGUCAUCCUCGCUAACCAAAUGUCUCUCUCAGUCCAGCAGAUGGACGGGCCGGAGCUUCCCCUGCAGCAAGUGAGCAGGACGCACAUGGGGGCCUACCUGUGCAUCGCGUCAAACGGGGUCCCUCCUUCAGUCAGCAAAAGGAUCACCCUCGACGUUGAGUUCGCCCCACAGAUGCACGUCCCGAACCAGCUUGUGGGUGCGCCCAAAGGCACCAACGUCCGCCUCGAGUGCUUCGUGGAGGCGCACCCGAAGGCCAUUACGUACUGGGAGUUCAACGACGCCAUGGUCAUGAACACGUCCAGGAUUACCACGCAGACGCUCGAGAACCAUUAUAAGAUUCAUAUGAUACUCGACAUCCGAGAUUUGGACGACGGGGACUUUGGAAUGUACAAGUGCAUCUCCAAGAACUCCAUUGCGGAGACGGACGGCUCGAUCACCCUUAAUAAGACCCCCCGCCCGACGACGCCCCCCCAGAUGAAGCAGAGCAGGCCCGAAACUUACGACGCGGACGGCGACAUCCACUACCGCAGCCGAGGGCGCCCCGGAAGAAAAGAGCACUACAACAGACAGGAUCCUCAGCAGGGGAGGAGACGGCCCCAGGACCUGGACGGCAUCAAGGAGGAGAGGGAAGAAGAGGAGAGAAGAGAGAUGGAGGAGAACCGGAGGAAAACGCAGGAGCUCGAGCGGCGGAGACUGGAGCACGACUACAACAGAGGCCACCUGAACGAGCAGGCCACCAGGGUCACUCACACGCCAGCGAGCGCCGGCGCCGAGGCGACCCCGAGCGGCCGCCUCCUCUCGGCCAGCGUGCUCGCCGCCCUCGGGUUAGCUUUGUUUCCUCGACAUUAACAGCUUGUUAACGAUGUAGUCCUUUUGCUUCUAAUCGUAUGCUUAUUGUUUCUUAUUUUUUCUUGUUUCUCUGUACGGGUAACCUUAAGUAGAAUCACAUGCUCAUGAGUUCUCA